CUGUCUUGUCUUCCACACCCAGAGGCGCGAGGCUCCGGACGACGAAGACCCGCCCAACAUGGCAUCGGAGAGUGGAAAACUAUGGGGAGGCCGGUUUGUGGGCUCCGUGGACCCCAUCAUGGAGAAGUUCAAUGCAUCCAUCGCCUAUGACCGGAACCUGUGGGAGGUGGACAUUCAGGGCAGCAAGGCCUACAGCAAAGGCCUGCAGAAAGCAGGGUUCCUCACCACCGCGGAGAUGGACCAGAUCCUGCGCGGCCUGGACAAGGUGGCCGAGGAAUGGGCCCAAGGCACCUUCAAACUGCUCCCCAAUGAUGAAGACAUCCACACAGCCAAUGAGAGGCGGCUGAAGGAGCUCAUCGGUGAGACCGCAGGGAAGCUACACACUGGACGAAGCCGGAAUGACCAGGUGGUCACAGACCUCAGGCUAUGGAUGCGGCAGACCUGCUCAGCCCUCUCGGCCCUGCUGCGGGAGCUCCUCAAGAGCAUGGUGGACCGGGCCGAAGCGGAGCGGGACGUCCUCUUCCCAGGCUACACGCACCUGCAGAGGGCGCAGCCCAUCCGCUGGAGCCACUGGAUCCUCAGCCACGCGGUGGCGCUGACCCGGGACGCAGAGCGGCUGCUGGAGGUGCGGAAGCGGGUCAACGUGCUGCCCCUGGGGAGCGGGGCCAUUGCAGGCAACCCUCUGGGUGUGGACCGGGAGCUGCUCCGAGCAGAACUGAACUUCGGGGCCAUCACUCUCAACAGCAUGGACGCCACCAGUGAACGGGACUUUGUCGCGGAGUUCCUGUUCUGGGCGUCGCUGUGCAUGACCCACCUGAGCCGGAUGGCCGAGGACCUCAUCCUUUACAGCACCAAGGAGUUCAGCUUCGUGCAGCUCUCGGACGCCUACAGCACCGGAAGCAGCCUGAUGCCCCAGAAGAAGAACCCUGACAGCCUGGAGCUCAUCCGGAGCAAGGCGGGGCGCGUUUUCGGGCGGUGUGCUGGCCUCCUGAUGACCCUCAAGGGACUUCCAAGCACCUACAACAAGGACUUACAGGAAGACAAGGAAGCCGUGUUUGAAGUGGCAGACACCAUGAGUGCUGUCCUCCAGGUGACCACCGGCGUCAUCUCCACACUGCAGAUUCACCGUGAGAACAUGGCUCAGGCACUCAGCCCUGACAUGCUGGCCACUGACCUCGCCUACUACCUGGUCCACAAAGGAAUGCCGUUCCGCCAGGCCCAUGAAGCCUCUGGCAAAGCUGUGUUCAUGGCUGAAACCAAGGGCGUCCCCCUCAACCAGCUGUCGCUGAAGGACCUUGAAACCAUCAGCCCCCUGUUUUCCAGUGACGUGAGCCGGGUGUGGGACUACGGGAACAGCGUGGAACAGUACAGAGCCCUGGGUGGCACCGCGCGCUCCAGCGUCGACUGGCAGAUCAGCCAGGUGCGGGCGCUGCUGCGGGCACAGCAGACAUAGCCCUCACCUGUCCGCAAAUAAACUG